AUGUCGCAGCAGAUCAUCUACUCAGACAAGUACAGUGACGACGAGUUCGAGUACAGACAUGUGAUUCUGCCCAAGCAGCUUGCAAAGAAGCUCCCUGCUCGCCUCCUCACGGAAACCGAGUGGCGGGCGCUUGGCGUGCAGCAGUCCCCUGGCUGGGAGCACUACGAGCGACACGAUCCCGAACCCCACAUCCUCCUCUUCCGACGGGCGCUCGACCAUCCUUACGCUACCAAGCCCCCGCAAAAGGGAACCGUUGCUCACUAG